GCACAGACAGCGCAUUGCGGGCCAGCAGCGGCCAUCAACAGGCUGCUGGUUGUGGUGCAAGGCUGCAAGCUUGACGCGCACCCAACUUCAACCUUUAACGUCGGGUCCCGGAGCCCACCAUUACCGCCCAUCCGCCGACCAAACAAGCCCCCGCAACAUUGACGGCCAGCGGACUGCUGCCAGCCUGCUCUAUACCCACGGGCACCCUCAUCUCUGCUCUCUACCCGCCGCUCCGAACAAGCUCGCGUCGGCUCCGCUCCGCUCCGCUCAGCAUCGCUCCGAUAUCCCCAUCCAUCCUCCUCGAAGGACCGAAAUCACCAUGGCCAUGUUCAGCCAGAACCCCGUUAUGAACGGGCCCAACUACUCCUUCUCGGAAACCCCGCGGGCCCACAACCUGGAUGGUACCCGGCAACAUCGAUUCGACCCGUACACCGACAAUGGUGGCUCGACGCUGGCCAUCGCCGGCGCCGACUUCGCCAUCAUGGCGGGCGACACGCGCAUGGCUUCGGGCUAUAGCAUCAACACGCGCUUCUACCCAAAGGUGUUCAGAAUCGGCGGCACGACGUCGGACCAGAAGGACGCAACCCUCGUCCUGUCGGUGGUCGGCUUCGCGGCCGACGGCGAGGCGCUCAAGGAGAGGCUGGACGCCAUCUGCAAGAUGUACCGCUACCGCCACGGCAAGCCCAUGAGCGCAAAGGCCUGCGCCAAGCGCCUUUCCACCAUCCUGUACCAGAAGCGCUUCUUCCCCUACUACACCCACGCCAUCCUGGCCGGGCUCGACGAGGAGGGCAAGGGCGCCGUCUACAGCUACGACCCCGUCGGCAGCUACGAGCGCGAGCAGUGCCGCGCUGGCGGUGCCGCCGCCAGCCUCAUCAUGCCCUUCCUAGACAACCAGGUCAACUUCAAGAACCAGUACAUCCCUGGGAGCGGCGAGGGCCAUGACCUGCAGGAGCGCGAGCGUGUUCCGCUUCCCCGCGAUCAGGUCGAGAUCCUGGUCAAGGAUGCCUUUGACGGCGCUGUCGAGCGCCACAUCGAGGUUGGUGACGGCCUGCAGAUGAUGAUUAUCACCAAGGAUGGCAUUGAGGAGGUUAUCUUGCCUCUGAAGCAGGAUUAAGUGGGGGAAGCGUGAGCGAGCCCUGGCGGAAUCAGAAACUCGAUCUGGUUCAACCUUCGACUGUAUAGUGUGCUCACAGGCCAAGGUAGACGAAACUGGGGCUAAGGCACCUGUAGUGUCAGCAAUGACUCGGUGUCCUGGCCUCUGCUUUUGAAUGGGAGCUGGCGUCGCAAACUGCA